UUUAUUAUCCAUGUCAACAAUAAAGCUCGAACCCUUUUCGUCACUCUAGCAACUCUAGCUAGUUGAUCCAGAUCUAGAAUCUAGAUUCUAGAUCUAUAGAAUCUAGAACUAGUCUAGAUUAGAUGUCCUUUGCUUCUGUGGCAACAUGGCCGAUAAAGUUGCACCUAUUCCUAAUGCUACACCCAAACUUGCAUUUGCUGUAGAUGUGGACCCACAAAGGACAAGACAGCCUAAAAGAAUUUUACACUUCAGCGAUGGAAUAUUGGAGGAAUAUUCCUCAGAUGAAGAUGAAGUGGCAGCUGCCCCAGAAAGACUGCAAGUUAACCCACAUACAUUAUCAUGGGCAACUUGGGCUGUUUAUUUUAUGACUGAAGUUGGAAAAAAGUCUUUAGCAGCUGCUGAUUUCUGUGGGGAGAAACUAGCUUGGCUGUUUGGGAUAACCACACCGAAAUAUCAGUAUGCUAUUGAAGAAUACAGACGCAGACAAAAGGAGUUAGAGGAGGAACUGAAACAAAAUAAGCAGCGACCUGAAGAAACACAAGGAUUGUCAACAAUAAAUGUGCAAGUAGACAACAAACCAAAAGAUGCAUCAGAGAAGUAUUAGAGAAAUCAACGUGGGAUUAAUGGCAUCAGCAAUCUUGGUUUAAAUGUCAACUUCUUCACUGAGACAAACAAUGAGAAAUUAGCAGACAAUCAUAAUUUUCCAAUUAACUAGCUUUGGAAAUGUUUACAUAUUUUUAUAAUGUUUAUUUUUGGCCCUGCACAUUUGUGUCUCUUGCCAGUCAUCUGAUUUACAUUUUACUUUUUAUUAUGAUUACCAAGGCUUUCAAAAGUUCAUUAUUAAUUACAUUUAAUGCAACAUCUUCAUGUUCUGUGUAACAUCGUCUACAAGUAGUGUAACUUGGAUGUGGAAGAAAUUAAACAAUUUUAUUUUAGAAUAUAUUAUAAUAUACAUAAGUUAUUAGCCUAAAACUGUAACAUUAUAAUAUUAGAGCUAUAAGUAAAAGUUAGGAUUUUAUUUGUUUUUAUAAUGCUAAUUCAUUGCAGUUUGCUUUAUUUGCUAUGUUGAUGAUUCAAGAUGGGCAUCAAACUUUUAUACUCAUAAUGUCAAGUCACCUUUUUGUGAUUACUUUAAAAAUCCAGUUUAAAAUUUAAAAUAUUGUUAUUUUGUAUUGAUUUACGAAAUGUAAGCAAAAGAAAUAGAAAACUGAAGACAAAACAUAGUUAAAAUAUAAAGUCAAAUUAUUUUUACAAUUGACCUUUUGUAAGCUCAUUAUUAGAAUAAUGUUCACUUGAAAACUUUUUUAUUUUAUUUUUUUUAAAUCUUAUUUUAUUGUACACAGGAAAGUUAUUAUUAGAAUUUCUAUUCUCUUGAGCUGUUGUAAAAUGAGAGUAAAUUAUGUUAUAAAAAUGAAUUAUUUAUUUUUCUAUCAAAACAUAAUUAUGAGCCAGAAUUAAGGCUAACAUAGUUAAUUGAUAAUUUGUGCAAUAGUAAUGCAUUUAUCCUCCAGUAAAUAGUAAAAUUUGUAAUCCAUAUAUAUAUA